AUGUUGAGCCUAGAGGCAAGCAUCUGUUCCUCCACGACCAUCGGCAUGGUGUGCGAGGGUCUGAGGAGGCUUGGAAACAUCUAUAAUGGCGUCGAAGAGAUCAUCUGCCUUCCAAGCAGCCAAGUCUGUGCCUACCAGCAGAGGACGGUGUUGGAUGGAGAAAUGGACGGUUCUCUUGAGCUGCUAGAUCUAUGUGGCACCAUGCAAGAGAUCUUCGCCGAGAUGAAGGCCAUCAUCCAAGAGCUGCAACUGUCUCUAAGGAAAGGGGAUGAUGCGACUGCUCAAGCCAGUAUCCAAUCUUACACCCGCUUGGCGAAGAAGGCCAAGAAUCAUUUCAAGAAGACCACGAAGAAGAUUUCGGCAGAUUGCGGGAUGGUCAUGCUCUUGGCCAAGGCCAGAGAGAUCUCUGUCUCUCUGCUGGAGUCCACACUCCAUCUCUUGUCGAAGCAAAUUGAAAUGCCUAAACAGUCUCUUGUUUCCAAGGCAUUUCACAAAAAGAAGUCAGUUGUUUGCAAGGAGGAGCAAUUGUUGGGGUUAGAGUGCAGUAUCGGAGAUCUUGAGAGCGGAGCAGGACAUCUGUUCAGGAAAUUAGUCCAGAGCAGAGUUUCUCUACUCAACAUCCUUAGCUCAUAG